AUGGGAGACAACAUCAAACCUGUCUCUGCACCUAAAGAACUCAGCAUGGAAGAAUUAGAGCUCAUGGUCCAGUGGUGUACAGCAACAUAUCGCUCUAUCUCCCGGGAUGACACGGUUGGAUGGAUUUGGCGUGUCGUCGUGCCUCGAGAGGCGAUGCACCACCCCUUCCUCAUGCAUGGUAUUCUCGCAUUGUCGGCACUUCACCUUGCAUUUAACAACAGCGGUACUACAAAGGAGAGCCACUUAGUGCUAGCACGGUCUUACCAAAGCCAGGCGCGGGUCGGCCUAGAGAAGGUGAAGGGUAAACUAAACGACUCCAACUCAAACGCAGUAUUCGCUCUAUACCAUAUAUUGAUUGUAUCUGCAUUCGCUCUUUCUCUCACCGCGGAAUCACAUGAAGAUCAAAACCCAUUAGACGAGCUUUGCGAAAUAUUCCGGCUCACCAGGGCAUUGGGGGAUUCCAUACCAGCGAUCAUCGACGGGGUCAAGUUGGGGGAAAUGAAAGAAUUAGUUGAAUCCAGCGAUCCGCCACCGCGCAUGCCCGACACGUCACGACUCGCUAUAAUGGCGCUUCUCAGAAUGAACGCGACCUUGGCCCGGCAGAACCCGGCGCAUGAGAGUGAUGUUUACAGUCCCACCAUCAAGUACUUAGGAGAGUCACUGGACAAGUUCGCAAGAGGCGGAGAGAUCAUGAUUGCCGCAUUUCAGUGGAUCUUUCAGAUUCCACCGCGAUUCGUUGACUUGCUUAGAGAACGGCAGCCAUUCGCCCUGAUUGUCCUCGGUCAUUUUGCUGUGAUUCUUCACUCCUUAAGAGAACAUUGGUGGAUGGGUGAAUGGGGAGCCAGCCUAAUUAGGCAGAUUGGGCAACACCUCGAUACGGAAUCAAAGCAGUCUUUGAACUGGGUUCUUGAUGCUACGGGAUGCUAUAUUCCCCCACUGUGA